GCGAGGUUUUAUGGAAUGCCCACUGCGCCACACAGCCCAGCCUUUCACACGGUUUUCAGCUACGUCGACAACCCCAGCUUCAAGCACGAGCGGAAACCCGGCCCGAAACCUGCAGGACACAGAGGCCCCUGGCGCCCCUGGGUGUCUCGGGAAGGGGGCACAGGGUGCUCGGGGCGGCCGAGGCUCCACCUGCCGCCGCGCACCUGCCGCCGCGCGCCGGGCACCGCGCGGGGCCCAGGGACGGGCGCGGCGGCCCAUGUAAGGCAGCAACGGCGGCAGCCCCCGCGCGCCGCCUCGGUCCGGGCGCGGGGCGGGCGCGGCCUCUCCCCGAACGGGCCGCGCGCGGCCUAUGGGCGCUCGCGGCGGGCGGCGCCGGGCGCCCGCCAAUGCCCGCACGGGGGGGGCGGUGCCGCCGCAACCGCCGCGCCAGCCCCGAGAGCAGCGGCCGCUGCCCACAGCGCCGGACGCAGCCCGGGCGAGAGCCCCAGAGACCUGCCGCCCCUCUACAGCCGGCGCACAAUGGCUGACAAAUCAACCAAGCCAGCAAAACGCUUAUCCACCGAUUCAACCAACUCUCAUGAGGGAGCUACGGCAGGAGAAAUAAGUGCUCUGGAAGAGGCCUUCAGAAAAUUUGCUGUCCAUGGUGAUACGAGAGCCACAGGAAAAGAAAUGCACGGGAAGAACUGGUCAAAGCUGUGUAAAGACUGUCAUGUGAUAGAUGGGAAGAACGUAACAACCACAGAUGUUGACAUCGUCUUCAGUAAAAUCAAGGGAAAGUCCCUCAGAACAAUUACUUUUGAUCAGUUUAAGGAAGCUCUUCAAGAACUCGCCAAGAAGCGAUUUAAAGGCAAGAGUGAAGAGGAGGCACUUCAAGAAAUGUAUAAACUAAUUGAAGGAAAAGGCCCAGUUAUAUCUGGAGUAACGAAAACCGUUUCAUCUCCAACUGUAUCACGCCUUACAGAUACUUCAAAAUUCACGGGUUCUCACAAAGAGAGAUUUGAUGCCAGUGGGAAAGGAAAAGGCAGAGCUGGCCGAGAAGAUCUGGUGGAUAACUCAGGAUAUGUAUCUGGUUAUAAGCAUGCAGGCACAUACGAUCAUAAAGUACAAGGAAACAACACCAUAGCUCACAGAAGAAUCCUGCUGUAUCCAAAGGGUGGGGCGAAGGAAGGGUGGAAAGGUAGUUCCAGAAGCAAUGAGAAAGAGAUGGUGUCCUUGGAACCUGAAAUACCAUCAAGUUCCUGUACUUCUUAGUACUUCUUCCAAUUUGGAUCAAAAGAAAUGUUGAAAGGGAAAUCAGCAAGAGCUGUUUCCUGUCUGUUAUGUAAGACUGAGCCUAAGUUUGCAUUAUGACAAUACUUCGUAUUCUAAUAAAAGUUUAGAAGAAAAUAUUAAGGUAUCUGUA